UUACCAUCAGCGAUUCCGCAAUCGCAAGGAAGUUCCAUGAAGAAACGGCCUUCGAAGAAAGACAAACUAUGGCUGGACGACUAUCUCCAUCUCCUUCAUUCUCGCCAAACGCUUCACCUAACAAUCAAUCAACUUAACCAGGUCAUCCGCAUUCACGGAUUCAAGAAAAUCCACCACGCUCCCAAGAAGAUGCUGGUGGAGGCGGUGGAGUCGCUGGAUCUUGUAGAUGUGCCGCGUUCGACCUUGCGUGACAAUGUGUCGACGUUUGCGGCGGUGGCACUGGUGGACGUGUUGGCGGAUUUGGCAGAGCUCAAAUGGCAAGAGUGCUGCGAAACCUCCGUCGAGAGAAUCAGUUUCUCCGAAGGCAAGAGCGUGUUGUCUGCUUCAUCUGAUGAGAGCUUCCGUGUCACGAGCCAGUCGAAGAGGAUGGACAAAAUCCGUGACUUAAUCCCUGAAGAUUCCCGGAGAAGCCUGAAACCGACAAAAAUGGUGCCAAAGCGGAAGAGGAGUAAGGUUCACACUCUCGACUCUGUUGCCUCAACAGCAGAUUGCGCUUCUCUUGCUUCCCGUUGAGUCAAUGAAUGAAAUUGGUCUGUAUAUAUGAGUAAAAUGUUAAAUAGGAGAAUGGAUACGACACUAGAUAUGAAUGAGUUCCGAUGUCAGGAUAUUCUAAACGUGUCUCACCAAAGAGGCAAGUGUUUUCCCUUUGAACUGUUAGCCUCUUACUGUCAUUUUAUUUGCCUUCCAUCUUCCAUAUUCUAUAGUAAAGCUUAGAAGUCAAAACAGUAUGCAAGUAUAAUCUUCUGUGUAUGAAAGUUA